UUAUCAACAUCCUCGCUAAAAGCCAGUCGGUGGUGAAGAGCGCAAGAGGUUCAUUCCUUCAGUGAACUACGGUGUACAACGUUGUGUGAAGAUGUGCCCCACGCUGCGCCUAUUGGUGCUUAUUAGCAUAGCAGGAUUUGUUGAACCGAUCUCCGUCAGCACUCCGCAGAAACACGUCAACGUUACAAUGGGCGAGAGCGCCCUGCUCCAAUGUACGUUUGAGUCCACUGACCAGACCGCAGGACUCACCAUCCAGUGGGACUUUGUUUCACCGCCCUCCAUGACGCCACAGCAGGUGUUUUACUAUCAGAAAGGAGAGAAUGUCAUCCCCAGUCCUUACAAAGGCCGGGUUCGGCCUCCCCAGUCUCCCGGCCCGACCAAAAACGCUUCAAUAACCAUAAGCAACAUGCAACCCUCAGAUGCCGGCGUCUACACUUGUCAGAUUCACAACUUUCCUGAUGUGGUCGGACAGUCUGAGGCAAAUGUCGUUGUGAAUGUUCUUGAGAAGCCCACUACUCCUUAUUGCGCCGUGCAUGGUGAUGUUGAAUCGGGUCACCUGGUCACUCUGACCUGCCACAGUGAGCGUGGGAGCCCGAACCCGAUAUACACUUGGAUCAGACUGGAUCAGACUAAGACAAGGCGGCCUGUACUGGGAAGAGCAACUGAAACGGGAAUAUUGGAAAUCAGAAACAUAUCCCAGUUUGAGUUCGGGGAGUACCAGUGCACUGCUACAAAUGCGGCCGGAUUUUCAACAUGCACUAUAGAGCUGUCUGCUGAAGCGAAAGACGGAGUGAUUGCUGGUGCAGUUAUCGGCGCGAUGCUCGGGUGCGUCCUGAUCAUUCUGGUUGUGUGGUUCGUUGCUCACACUCUGAAGAAACACAAAUACAACAGGGUCAAAAAAUCAGAGGCCAAUGAGAUGAAGAGGAGCUCUCCUCAGGCCCAGGAAGCUCCAGAUAGCGUUACCCUGGCAACCCCAGCCGGCAACCUCCAUGCUGAGAGAGAUGAGCCACAAGCCUAAAAUAAAGGCCCGUUGAAAACAAAUGGAGCGACGUCACCCUUCUGAACAACACGGUGUCCAGGAUGUUCAAUCGUUGACAUGCGUCAUUCACAACCAUAAUCAAUGUUACAGAGCUGACGUUUGUGUUUAUAUUUGCUAAAUCAUGAAGCUAUUAUGCUCUCUAUCCAUUCAAUCAUUAACACGUCUUCAACGUGUUUUUGUUUUUACUUAACAUUUUUUCAUUCUAUAAUUUGCUUUACCAAUUCAUAGUUAGUGUGCCAAUCGAACCAUGUCGAAGAGCCCUGCAUUAGUCCUACAGUACAUGCUACAUAUUAGAAGAAACCCAUUUAUUGUAUGAAACAAACAUUUAAAGAGUAGACUCGAGGGUAGAAUUUACACUGUGCCAAUAAUCAGUAUGAUUACCUUUUAUACGUAAAUAAAUUAUUGUGUUUACGCAAAAAAGAAAUGUUACUCCUACAUUCAAAUAAUUCUGUAUGAUCAAAUAUCUUCAUGGCUCAAUGAGACCACUGUUUGCAAUGAAAAGAUCCAGUGGAGUCUUCGCUUGUCAGAGCAGAGUCAAGUAACUCUCCCUCUGUGUUUGUUGUAAUCAGAGCUUUUCGCUUUAUUGACAUAGCUGGUUAGCAGCGUUAGCACUGAACCGCCAGCUCAGCCGUUGCCAUACUAAGCCCUGCUGAGAGGUAAUAGAAACGCUCCCAAUUUUGUAUGCAACACCUUUCAGUUUGACAAUUAAUAUAUUUACAUUUUUUAAUUAAAUGGAUUUAUUAAUUCUACAAACUAAAAUCCCAAAAGGAUAAACAGAUUCCUCCAUUUUUAGUUCAUCUUCUUUAAUGCAAACGGUCAAGCAGCUAUAGAAGAAGCGUGAUGACGUCAUGACAUCCUGAGAUUCUGAUUAAAUAAAAUAUGCUGUUUGCUGAUU